AUCGCAUCUCCAUAACAAACGCUUCACACACAACGACCAUUUUCUACAAAUGUAUUGAAAUACUACACAACAUACUCCUUGGAACAAUAAGCAUGUCCAACAGCUUUCACAUACUUUUUACAGGUUCAUUCAAGCGCCGGAGUCGAAGAAUACCACGGUGAAUUUUACACUGGUCUGGAUUGGCUUUCGAAUUUACACACUGCAAACCUCUACGAUACUUGACUUCCCACGACUAUUCCACGAUGGCUGUCAGUAGUGUGGAUACCGAGUCGUCUUUGAACACUCGCGUCCUCCCUGUUGAUACGAGUAAUAUGGGCAAAUUCGAAGACCGCGAGACCCUCGAAACGUGGACGUUGCCAAACGUUUCGGCGGUUCUUGAGCCCUUGCAGAUAGCUGCAAAGCACCUCCGAGAAACCAGUAUACCAGUAGGGUUUCCAACGGAGACCGUGUACGGACUUGGGGCAGAUGCAACGAGAAGUGAUGCGGUCAAAGGAAUCUACAAAGCGAAGGGUCGCCCAUCAGACAAUCCACUCAUCAUACACGUUUGCGACCUUACUAUGCUACGAGACCUCAUCCACCCAUCUGAUCAGAUCAAUGGUAACGGGGCACAUAGAGAUCCGAUACCUGCUAUAUACAAACCUCUGAUCAAACGAUUCUGGCCAGGACCUUUGACAAUCCUGCUUCCAAACCCGAAGCAAAGCAAACUCGCUCCAGAGGUCACAGCCGGGUUAACAACAUUCGGUGCACGAAUGCCAGAAUCGCCUCUAGCACUGUCACUCAUCUACAUCGCUGGAGUUCCUCUUGCUGCUCCCUCAGCAAAUGCUUCUACCAAGCCAUCUCCUACGACCGCCGAGCAUGUCUUGCACGACAUGAAGGGAAGAAUAGAGAUCAUAUUGGACGGUGGCCCAUGUCAAGUUGGGGUCGAAAGUACGGUGGUCGACGGACUAUGCGAUCCUCCAGUCGUGCUCAGACCAGGAGGUGUGAGUAUUGACGAUAUCCGCGAAUGUGAGGGUUGGUCUGGGGUGGUGAAAGGUUACAAGGACCAAAGCGAGAUAGGUGCUAGCGCACCAAGGGCUCCUGGGAUGAAAUACAAGCACUACAGUCCCAAGGCUAAGGUUGUCCUCUACGAAUCUGGUGCGCUCAAAGAUUUCAAAGCAGGAAUUCCGCUGGAAGUGUGGAAAAUCAUCGAGGCAAAACACAGACGGAUAUCUCACCUUGGGUACGAAAAUCUUGGCCGACCAGCAACAAUUGGUAUCGUGUGUACGAAGAACUGGUCUGAGUGGGCAGGAUUUCACAAUGCCAAAUGGAGCCGGGAAGACCGUUCCAAGAACAUCUGCACAAAAGUCCUAAACGUCCGACCACUGGAUUCUACAAAUUCGUACAAGAUACAGCAAGGGGAACUCUGGCAAGGGAAUGCGGCGACUGAAUCCUCUCCACAUGGUGAAGGUGAAAUUCCUGACAGCUGGGACCUGCCCGAAAAGGAGAGAGUUGCAAACAUCAUUGAAAUUUCGCUUGGCAAGGGGACGAAGGACAUCGCUCACGGGCUUUUCUCUGCACUUCGAGAAUUGGAUCAGAAGGCUGUAGAUGUUAUAUAUGUCGAGGGUAUAGAGGACGAAGGAGACAUUGCUGCUGCAGUUAUGAAUAGGCUUCGCAAGGCAGCAACUGUCAUCGAGAAGUAAUAGAAUAGAUACCAGCUAUUGCAGAUUGCAAUGCUUCAGUUAAAUUCAGAUCGAGCUUUCCGCGCCAGGAAAUGCUGCACCAGAA